UAUUUUGUUGAUUACUCUGACCCCAGAGAAACACAGAGAUGGAGAAAGCAGCCCAUGUUAAGUUCUUCACUGAUCUCAUCCACUCCACUGAGAGAUUUCUGGCUGAAAUGCUGGAGAUGAUAGAGGAGCAGCAGAAAGCAGCAGAGGAACAGGAGGAAGAGCUGAUUGAAGAGCUGGAGCAGGAGAUCACUGAGCUGAAGAUGAGAAACACUAAACUGCAGCAGCUUUCACACAAUGAAGAUCUCGUUCAGAUUUACUCAUCCCUGUGCAGCCCUAGAAACACCAGGAACUGGCCUGAGAUCAGUGUGAAGACUCAUGAGAAUAUGGAGAGUCUGAGGAGAGCUCUGACUCAACUGAAGGACACUCUAGAUGAGAAACUCAUGCAAACUGAGCUGAUGAGGAUGCAGCAGUAUGCAGUGGAUGUGACUCUGGAUCCUGAUACAGCUCAUCCAAACCUCCGUGUGUCUGAUGAUGGAAAUCAAGUGAGACAUGUAAACAUUUUUCAGAAACUCCCAGAUAACCCAAAGAGAUUUACUGUGUAUUUAAAUAUCCUGGGAAAGGAAGUAUUCUCCUCAGGGAGAUUUUAUUUUGAGGUGCAGAUGAAGGGAAAGAAUGACUGGACAUUAGGAGUGGCCAGAGAAUCUAUUAACAGGAAGGGAGUGAUCAGUCCGAGUCCUGGUAAUGGAUACUGGACUGUGCUUCUGAGGAAUGGGAAUGAAUACUUGUCCUGUGAUUAUCCUCCUGUCUCUCUGUCUCUGAAAGUGAAGCCACAGGGGAUCGGUGUGUUUGUGGAUCAUGAUGAGGGUCUGGUCUCCUUUUAUGAUGUGGAGUCCAGCUCACAUAUCUACUCUUACACUGGUCAGUCUUUCAUUGGCAAACUCCAUCCAUUUUUUCCCCCAGGACAAUAUGUUGCAGCUAAAAACUCAAGUCCACUGAUCAUCACACCUGUCAAUUAAAAUAAAAAAAUUACACACCUGAUGCAAAAGACAUGAAAACAAUGCUUUGUAUUAUUGUAUAAUAUGCUUAAGAAUACCCUUCCUCAUUGUUUAAUGUAUUUAGUUAAUAAAUUAUGUCUAAGGGUGUAUUAUAUUGUUUUUGUUUAUUUUUCGGAAGGCCUCAUACAGUCAAAUAUGUA